GUAUUAUUAUGAGAUAUAUAUCAUAGGAUGACAAGUAAGAGAGAGAAAGACAUUAAGCAUUAGAUCAUUGCCAGUUGUAACAUCAGCAGAAACAUCAAUAUGAAGAAACACAACAAUCCCACAAGAACAAAAGAAAUUCUUAUAGAUGAAUCUCCAUUACUACAAAGUGAAGUUGAUGUUCAACAUGAUGAAGAUGGAUCCAAAUCCAAUUCUAACAACAAUGAAUCAUCAUCAGCAUCAUUUACAGGUUCUGUAUUCAAUUUAUCAACCACCAUAAUUGGUGCUGGAAUCAUGGCUUUGCCAGCAGCCAUGAAAGUUUUGGGUCUAACAAUUGGUAUUGUUUCCAUCAUCUUCCUUGCUUUUCUUGCUCAUACCUCUUUGGAAAUUCUCAUGAGGUUUAGUAAAGUUGCUAAGGCUCAGUCUUAUGGUGAUGUUAUGGGGGUUGCUUUUGGAAGUGCUGGAAGAUUGGUUUUUCAGAUUGCUGUUCUUUUGAACAACUUUGGUAUCCUUGUUGUCUACACCAUCAUUAUUGGUGAUGUACUGUCUGGAACAUCUUCAUCUGGAACUCAUCAUUUCGGUGUACUCGAAGGAUGGUUCGGCGAACACUGGUCGACCGGGCGGACUUUUGUUCUUUUCGUGACAACCCUUGUUGUAUUUGCGCCAUUAGGAUUCUUUAAAAGAAUAGAUUCACUGAGAUAUACUUCUGGUUUAGCAGUGGCUCUGGCAAUUGUUUUUCUAGUCAUAACGGCGGGAAUCACGAUCGUUAAAUUGUUCAAUGGAAGUAUAGAGAGUCCUAGGUUGCUUCCUAAUGUUACUGAUAUGUCAUCUAUUUGGAAUCUCUUCACAGCAGCUCCGGUUCUUGUGACAGCAUUUGUUUGUCAUUACAAUGUGCAUACAAUAGACAAUGAACUAGGAGACUCUUCAUCUAUACAACCAGUUAUAUCUGCAUCACUGGUUUUAUGUUCAAGUAUAUACAUUCUCACUGCUUUAUUUGGAUUUCUACUAUUCGGUGAGUCGACUCUCGAUGAUGUACUGGCCAACUUUGAUACUGAUCUCGGCGUCCCUUAUAGCCAUGUGCUUAACGACAUCGUUCGAAUCAGCUAUGCUCUUCAUCUCAUGCUUGUUUUCCCAGUUAUCUUCUUUUCGCUUCGGUUCAAUUUGGACGAUCUUGUCUUUCCCUCAGCAGAGUCACUCGAAUCAGAUAAUUGUAGAUUUUCGUUGAUCACUACUGGACUCAUUUCUUUGCUCUAUGUGGCUGCAAAUUUUGUACCGAGCAUUUGGGAUGUUUUUCAAUUCACCGGUGCAACUGCUACUGUUUGCCUCGGGUUUAUUUUCCCGGCCGCAAUUGCUCUGAGGGAUCCACAUAGCAUUGCAACAAAGAAGGACAAGAUUUUAUCAGUUGUCAUGAUUGUUCUGGCUGUGUUUUCGAAUGUUGUGGCGAUUUACAGCAAUGCCGAUGCUUUGUUCAGAAAACACCAAAGUAACUCAAAUUUAGAGAGAAACUUUGCUUGGCCUAUGAAGAUCCAGCAAUAGUUUUAAUCAGUAUGACACUGUCCAAGGUUUAUGCAAUAGAAUGACAUUUUUAUUCCGUUCGUUUUAAAAUACUCAAACAUAAUUUUAGUGUAUGUUUGGUUUCACUUUUGAGAGAGACAAGAGAAACUUUAGAAGUGUUUAAUUGGUUUUAA